AGUCACAAGAACUAUGAGUAUGAUGUUAUGAGUAAUUUUAAAAAAGAUUGCAAUUUUAAUAACUUUCUGAUUUAUUUUUUUGGAAUUUGCAGCUCAGUGAAUAAAUUAAUCGUUAUAAACAUUAUACACAAAUUUAUCAAAUCAUGAAUUUAUCAUGUGAUUAGUGAUGACGUUGAAAGAAGACAAUGUAACCUUUAAGUUUUAUAAAAACAAACUUUGUUGUUUUGCUUUAACAUUCUUUAUCACUGUAAUAGUGCGCUGAUAUGUCACAUUUUGGAGAUUUUAUGGAUGGCGUGCCUGUUAAGAUUUCAGAAAAGUACAAACGUCCUCCUAAAAUUGAGUUACCGUAUAGUGUGCAAGAGUGUCCUUUGCGAGCGAACAAUGUCGUCGCAAACGCUAAUUAUUGCUCAACAUUCGAGCAAAACGUACUCAAGAAACUCAAAGAGCUCAGGAGUGCCAAAGAGACAAAGAAAAGCGAACGACGUCAUCGCUUGCAGUUGCUUGGGGAGGCGAAACAAAAAAAACUUGAUGCGAUAGCAACAGCAGAAGCAGAGGAAAAACUUAAGCAAUUAAGCGUUUCUGAGGUGUCUUACCCGAGCACCGAGGAGAUCAGCGCACUCUCUCCUGAUGACAAACUCGAAGCCAACUGUGAUAUAUCUGUUGCACAAGAUAGCCCCAAAGCUAAUGUGCCAACUGACAUUGAUGUUGACUUGGUUUGUAAAAGUAAUGAUUCUCAAUCGAAUAUUUUGCAACCCAUACAAGUGUCAUCUAAUUACCAACAGUGUAAUCUGCUUGAUGAUCCAGAUCCAUUGCAGGAGAUCAAAAUGAAUACAAAAAUUGUGAAGCCUCAAUAUUCACAAAAUGUAGCUACUUUAACAUAUAAAGAUUUUGAAAAUGAUACUUCCAGUCCCUUUGAUAAUGUUGAACUUAAAACUAUUAAUGAAAUGGAAUUAUUAGCACAGGUUUUGCAAAGCCACAAAGAAUCAGUUACCAGUUGUACUGGGUCUUCAUAUGUCGACCAGACAUACCCUGGCUUCUCCAACUGUUCAACCCAAGCACAGGUUGAGGGGAUGACAUAUUUGCCUACUGCAUACCCAGAACAAACAGUUCAAGGUCAAAAUUUUAUGUAUGCAUCACCACAGCAUUUUCCAGUUAGUAAUGGUUACUAUGUCCCAUCAGAACCACUUCGUGAAAAUAAUAUGGCCGCAGAUAAUGUAUAUGUGCCAAAUUAUCAAUAUUAUGUACCCACUCAACCCUUUAAUGUCUCAGAUCAAUUUUAUAAUCUGCCAACUACAUCAUCAAACAUAGGUCCUGUAUCCAAUGAUGUACCAUACAAUAUGCAACAACAAUACUACUUUCCACAAAACAAUCAUUACUCAUACACACCUCAAAAUUUCAAUGCCGGGAGUCAAACAAUUCAGGCACCAAUAAGUGCACCCAGCUCUCAAAAUAUGGUGAAAUCCCGAUCGAGGAGUGUACCGGAUAUUGUUAAAGAAUUAAAUGAAGAGUUGGCAACUGCAAAGUUGAGAGCUAAGGAGAUAUCAUGGAAUAUUAGUCCGGAAGCUCCUGUGAAUGUUCCACAGCCAACAUCUUCAACUAGUGGUAAAAAGGUAGAAAGGAGAAGGAAAUCUGAACAGCUCCCCAACCCAUAUGAUAAGUUUCCUCCAAAACUGCAGAAUAUGUGUCAACAGAUUCAUGGCAUGGGAUUUCCUCUAGACAGAGUGGCAAGAGUGUGUAGUCUUGUUGGUGAUAAUGAUAAAAAGGUGAUUGAAUGUCUGCUCAUCUUGGGAGAGCUGAUGGAUCUUGGUUUCUCUGAAGGCCGGGCCUCCACAGCACUAGCAAAACAUGACUUCAAUAGGGAAAAGGCUUUAGAUGACUUGGUUUCAUAACAAUAGUGAUCUUAUCUGUUGAGAUAUUAAAACAAGCCUUGUUAUGUGGCAAUAAUCAGGCUAAGAAAUACGAGCUGCUCUCAGGAGUUCAAGGUUGAGACUGAGGUGAUGCUAAGAAUAUAAUGAUACUCUGCAUUAUAAAAGUUAAAUACAUAUUUUAUUUUAUUGUUAUUAGAUGGAUUAUAAAAGUUCUGUUUGGUUUUUGUAAUUCGGUUGUAUAUAAUAUGUACGAAUUAACUUGCCUUUUUAACAAAAUAUUUAUUACUAAGUACUGAUCAGUAGAAAUAUUCAUUGAGCACAUAAAUUAUUUGGAAUAUUGUCACAUGGACGUGAUUAGAGUUAGACAGAGGGUUCAGUCUCUGAUAAAUGAUCACUUCCUUACACAAACCACAACUUUAAACAAGUACUGGUGACACUUUCUGAUUUUAUUGAUCCAUCAAGAUAUCUAGAUUAAAUCCACCCUAAAAAAGUUUAUACAUUUAAUUUAUUUACUACUUCCUAUAUAUUAUUAUAAACUGCAUAUCAAUUUCAAGACUAGGGAAUUGGGAGACUCAAUCUCCCAACAGGCCAAAAGGCUGUGAAGGUUAGCCGUUACAUUCAUGUCACAUUACAUAGUCCUACAUACAAAUAAAUAUUUUUAAUUUCUACACAACAUUUAUUGUUACCCAAGAUUUUUUUUUAUGAAAAUAAGGGACGAGACGAGCAGGACGCUUAGUUGAUGGUACUUGAUACGCCCUGCAAAUUACAAUGCAGUUCGCUCAGGUUUCUCGAAAAACACAAAAUCUGAGUGGCACUACAAUUGCGCUCGUCACAUGUCUCAAACAUAAGAUGUUAAGUCUCAUUUGCCUAGUAAUUUCACUAGCUAUAGCGCCCUGCAGACAAAAACACAAUAAUGCUUACACAUUACUGCUUCACGGCAGAAAUAGGCGCCGUUGUGUAUCCAUAAUCUGGCUUGCUGGCUUGUAACACAUACUUCAAUAAAUUUUUCGGAAAUCCAUAAUUAUCCAAAUGUUGUGAGUUUUCUAAGUGUAAAUUCCCUUAAGAUUUGUACACGUGGUUCGCCUCUAUACACGAGGCAUACUCAGGUGAUGUUGACUUGCCAAAUGCGGGCACGUGAUUUGAUUGAAGACAAAUCUUAGCGGAAUUUACACUUAAGAAGACUAACAUCAUUUGGAUAUCAACACUAAGAAAAACCCUGAAUAAAUUUUAAAGUGAUUAUCUUAUCACAUACAUUUUGAAUAUAAACAAUGUUUUAGAUAACAAUGUAAUAUGGUUUUCAUUAUUUGUACAAUAUGUGGCAGUAUGGAAUGAUGACUUGACAACCGUAGUUACCAGAUAUGACAUAAUUAUUUAUAUUAUAUGUACCUACAUUAUUAAGAUGAUGAAUCUGUUCGAUACUUUGCAUGCCGAAUUUCUGCAAAUUUUCAGAGGAAAGCUUAUCUUGUGGAAGUCAGCUAGUAAUUGUUUCUGGAUGCGGUUUUAAUGAGCUCGAUUGUAAAAAAUAAAAACAUUAAUUAAGAACACGGACGACAAAAAAAAUAAGGACUCCGUGUCACCUUACAUAACAGUGAGGCACCAAAACAAGCCAGUAAACGUGUAAAUACAUAGCCCCACGCAUACACUUAUACUAAUACAAGCCGAUCGGCCGCCAUUAUGAGAUUUGCCAUCGUCUGUGACAGAUCAGUUUGCGUCGAAAUAAAAUGUCUUAAAAAUGCCGUCGUGCGUUGUGAAAAAGUGUAAAAACAAUACUAUAAAAGUAUUUGUGGAUAUAUGAUUAUUUAAUGGAGAAAAAAUUGUGUAACUGGUAUACCCCGUAACCUCACACACACUAGCAUAAAGGUGCUUCACUUGCUAAUAACACAGCGCGGAGUCCUUCUUUUUUUACUAGUCCGCGAUUAAGACUUCAAAUCUUAGCAAUUGAGAAUAGAUUUAUAAAAUUAUUUGCUUAAAUGUACAAAUUGUAAAAAUGUUUAUUGUUAAUGCACCUAUUUACUAUAUUUUUAUGUUUUAAUGAUGAUAAUUACAUAUACCUACAGGUAAUAUAUAUGCAAAAAAAAAUUACAGCUUGAGCGCACAGUCCAUUGGCCACUAUGGAAUGUACUUAAUUUUACUUAUAUACAAACUUAACAAUAAGUGAUCUAAGGUUUUCAGAUUUGAUUAAUUCAUUAAUAUUCAUUUGGUUAAGUUUGUACCUUUAUCUACACCUAUGCUUUAAAGAUUCUGAAACAGAUGUUCUAAUAACCAUUACAUCAUCCAAACGAGUGUUGUAAUGUUCUACUGAAUUUCAUAACAACACUCCUGUUUUUUUUUCAUUCCCUUCAUGCGCAAAGAGUUUCAACAGACAGCCACAUUCUUAUUGCUCGAUGCGUGGUAUUUGUAUGAAUUUCAAAAAAAGAACAUUUUCGUUUACGCGCGUUCCACACUACCAGAACGUCGCGCCCCGUAAAAAAAAAAGUAUGUUAUUCUAAUCCCCGCCAUUUUUCUUCGAUAUGUUUAUUGUUUUGUUUACAAAUAAUGAGUGAUUAAUUUUAAACGUUGCAAAAGAACAUUAUAUUCGAGUGAAUUUUAAUUAUUGCACUAUACAAAAUGUGAAUUACUACUAAAAUAAAUAAUUGUUUCAUUAAUAUUUAUUUUAUUUGUAUAUAAUUAGUAAUGAAUUAUAUUAGGUUACUACUAAGACUGGUGUUAUAAUGUUAGCAGUAAGCUAACUGUUCCAGAAUCUUUUAGAGGAUUCAUAUUCUGGGCGUAGAUAAAGUCUUGUAUGCAACUGUUGAUAAUUAGGUAUUAAAACACUGUGAUACUAUUAUCACACGAGGCGAAGACGAGUCACAUUCGUGUUUUAAUACCCCUUAUUCCACAACAGUUGCAUAAAUAACUAUUAACAGCUGGCACAUAGUAUUUUAUUUCAAUAAUAUUUUUCUGUUGUUCCAUAUUAUGUUCAAUAGUUCCAGUGGAAUAUAAGACAAUGAACCUAAUAUAUUAUAAUAUAAUGUGCGUUUUGACUUGUGACUUACGUUAUGUUGCCGUCCCACCCAUUUGACUGUGUGCCCAAAUUAUUGUUCUCGAUUCUCAUUUAUUCUGUAACUCAAUAUUUAAAGUGAGAAUGACACUGAACUAGGUUGUUUAAGAAAUAUCAAAAUGUUCUGUAUUGCUAUCCAAGCCUUUGUAUAAGUUUAAGGAUAGGUGGCACUAUAAACUGCUGUGAAAAUUGUAAAUGAUAAUAAUUAUAAUGAUAGUUAUAAUAUAUUUACAGAAAUACAUUAUAUUUAUUAUAAUUUUAAAGAGCAAUUUAUGUGCAAUGUUCAUACAAAUAUAACAUUAGUUAACUAAAACAAUAGGCCACUAUUGCUUAUUAAGUUGUGAUAGUUAUUUUUAAAUUAUAUAAUUAUUUGAGAAUAUAGUUUGUGAAUUUAUUGGUAUAGGUAAGUGGGAGGCUAGUUGUAACAAUUAUUAAUUAGUCAAUUGUGAAGUCUAUGGUCUGAGAAGUAAUGUCUAUGGUCUGAGAUAAUAUUCUCUUGUUUCCCUGCCUCUAAUAGUACUUGAUUUUGCCAUGGCGUGUCUGACAGUGCUGAUUUCGUAGUUUAUAUUCUUUUGGUCAGUCUCAACAGUGACGUGUUAUUAUUAGUAUCGCAGAUGUGUUUUUUGAAUUUUAUUAGUUAUCCAAGGAGAUUAGCUACCGCCAAUACAAACUAUUAUCAGGAAGCCCGCGUAAACCAAUUUUUGACGGGAUAUGGGCGUGGCGUCAUUGACAUGAUGAAAAUUAACCGAUUGUAUCGCUUCCCGCCAAAAGCGGUAUGACCAGGGGCGUGCAUUGGUUUUCUAUUAAAGUAGGACCUGUAAAUCUAACUAGUCGUAGUUGAGCUUUUGAAUAUGCAAAGAUUACUUACCGUAGGUACCUAUCUGGUAUCUGGAGCGUCAGGAAAAAUGUUAUGGAGUGGGUGUUCAAUAGAAGUUUGGUUCUAAAAUAACGGAACCAAAAUAAAAUAAAUUAAUUUAAGUUUAUAACGAGGUAGGCACUGCCUAAUAGCCUAUAUGGUAUGCACGCCCCUGGGUAUGACAUUCUGACACUGUAUUUUAUACCACGAAGUUCAAGUCAAUUGUGGCGGUCCUCCACAGUGCGGUUUUCAAGGAGCUUUCUUCCGCGUACUACAACGCUGUGGAAUGAGCUUCCUUGUGCGGUGUUGACAUGGGUACCUUCAAAAAAAGCGCGUACACCUUCCUUAAAGGCCGACAAAGCUCUUGUGAUUCCUCUGGUGUUGCAAGAAAAUGUGGGCGGCGGUGAUCACUUAACACCAGGUGACCCGUACGCUCGUUUGUCCUCCUAUUCCAUAAAAAAUAAAAAUUGUAUUUCGGUAUUGGUAAUGUUACAAUAAGCUUAGUUUUGAACCACUAUUCGUUUCCACAAAACGGACAUGUCGCCAUUUUGUCGCUUUUCGUUUCAUGUUGUCUGAAUACUGACUGAAGUCUGAACGCACAACAAAUGUCGUUUUGUUAGAAGAGGUCACUAAUUGAUCUCUGCGCGGUUCGAAGGGAAAGCUUCGCAGCCGAGUUUUAUUUUUUAACUUCUCUUUAAAUAUCUGUGAUUUUAUCUAACAUCGUAAAAGGUUUAUAUGAAUCUGUUACAUAUGGACGCUGCUUAGUGCAGUGUCCGUUAUAUACAUAAUAAAUAUUGAGAGGCAAGCUGUACCUUGUUACCUACAUACACCUACCUUGAAAGUUGAACUAUGGAACGCGUCGGAUUCGCCGCAGUCUAAGGUCUCCAAGGUCAUCGAUAUCUUGAGAUCAUUUAGCAAAUUUAAUUGUUUGUCGAUAAAAAAUAUUUAGUAGUUACAUAUAACUGCUUAAUUUAUUGACCACACAAAUAAAUAGAUAAUCGUAAUAUAAAUAAGUGUUCGCACAUGCACUUAACCACUCCCUGGUUCACUAGCUGUGGUUACAUAACAAAAUUAUACAAAUAUUCACUUGCCGAGAAAUUAAGCUGUUACUACUAGCCUCUCGCCUACCUAAUACAUAAAUAAACCUGAAAUGCCGUGUGUAGUUCUGUUCUAAAUUUUUAAACCAUAGAUUAUAAAUCUAAAUAGUAUUAGUACUACCCCCUUAUUCAUAAUGGUCCGCUAACUUUAAACAGCCGCUAAGGAGUUUUUUUUCUCAUUCUGACUUAGGUCAAUAGAAGAAGACGGAGUGAGAAUAAGCAAUGCUUUAAGUUAGCAGACUAUUAUGAAUAAGGGGGUUAGUAUAUAUCAAAAUCAGGAGCUAUGCGAUUGUACAUUUACUAACCAGACGGUGCAGACAAUAUUCUUAAAGCAAGUCACUAUCUGUGUUGCCAAAUUAUUUAAAUGACAUCAAUUAGUAUUGUAUUUAAAUAUGAAAUGAUAAUCUUGCUCUUCCCUUGCCGUUAACUGCGCAACCUAGGUAUGUUUUGUGAAUAAUUGAAUACUGGAAAUCGAACACUGCAAAUAUUUGUAACAUAAACCUUCAAAUGAAUUACAAUGUUUAUAACUAAGUACAAAAACUAUAAAUAUUGAGUAUUAGAACAAUACAAUAUUUAAAAACAUAAAAAUUUCUUCCUGAACGCCUUUUAAAGAGGACUAACAAAUACGUCACCAAUUUGAUUAAUUGUAAAUUUGUGUGACUUAGGAGCAAUUAAUGCCAAGCAAAUAAUGACUUGUCAAUAUAAAUUGGUUACAGUCAAAUAGAUUGUCUUACUUUUUUUUACUUACUGUUUCUCCGUUACUGAUGUUCUUAUCUUUCGUAUAUGUUAUGUCCUAGACUCUAGAGGGAUCCUGUCGUAUUAGCGUCUGCGUGACGUCAGCAAGCAGUCGUUAGUUUGCAAACGAGACUUGUUUGGUGGUUUUUGAAGUGUCUGCAUCGACCUUGUGACGUCAUUUAUAUAGUGGUCCGACCCCUUUGAACUUGUGGCGAUUAUACGCAAAUGUUAAAAUCAGUUAAAUUUCUCAAUGAAUUAAAUCAGUUUUUACAAUCAGCUCAAGUAAGCGCAUGCAUGCUAUCAGUCCAUGAGAACAGUAAUGGCCUAACUAUAUUCUUUACAGCAUUAAGUUUAAAAUUUAAUAAAACCUGGGUUGUAUGAGUGAUUUAACAAAUUUACAUUAAAUAAAUAAAAUCGCUUUUCACGGAAUCAAAAAUGUAUUUAGACCACUCUGGUUUUAUUGGCCUAAUAUUCAGUUCAAUGUGCGAAAUUAUUUUAGCUCCCCCACACUCCUGUAGACUCCGAGCUCAGACAAAGCCCUCUGUACUCUUCAACUCUGUGCUACAACACUAUACUAUAUACACUUAAAAAUAGAUAUUAUUUACUUACCACCUUAUUCAUAAUGGUCCGCUAACUUUAAACAGCCGCUAAGGAGUGUUUUUUCUCAUUCUGACUUAGGUUAAUAGAAGAAGACAGAGUGAGAAUUAGGAAUGCUUUAAGUUAGCAGACUAUUAUGAAUAAGGGGUUUACUGUUUUGGUAAAUGUUUUGACACUGAGCGUUUGUUUAUUUGAUGAUGGUUGUUGUUGACUAUGUUUUAAGAUGUAAGUGUAGUUUUCUCCUGGUCUUCGAAAGGUAAUAAAAAAUAAAUUUACAGUGUAAUCUUGCGUCUUGUGUCGCAAAUAGCUACAUAUAUAUUGUUUUCAUAUAUCAUUAAUUGAUUGUGAAGUUAUAAUCUUUAUAAAGUAUUUAAAGAUUUAUUUUAAAUGCACUGGGGGAUUAUAAACGCGACAUGAUUUUGUGUCAGGUGUCAGCGGAGAUCUAACCUACGGGCUGUUCCUCGAUAGGACAUAACAGAUGCCGAGACGGUCCACUUAGUAGUAAGUGCUUUCGGAAACCGGGUGCAAAAGUGAGGCGCUGCGGUUUAAUUAUUGUUUGAAUAUUAUAUAAAUAAAUAUUUGUGAUACUCCCGUGUAAAUAAAAGUUAGUAGGCAUUGAAUGCGAUGUGUGAUCGCGAAGUAGCCAGGGUUCCGUAGUAACUAUUGGCGAUAGCAUACAUUGUAUCGUUUCAAAAUGCAAGGGGCAGUGUCCUGCAUUAUUUUACCCAUAUUUUUUUCUAUAAAAUGUCGGUUACGGAACCUUGACUUCUUAUGUAUCGUUCGUCACACACAUCGUCACACUCGCGAGCUGCUUGCUUGUGGGUUGGGCUGAUUGAACUGGGCGUUGGGCAGUGUGAUAUGUAUGCGUAGAGAAGUUUGUGUAAAUUGCAUAUACUUAGAAUAUACGUAAAUAUAUACGAUCUAUUUUCAA